AAAAGAAAACAUAAAUAAAAUGUCAAAAUUAUUUAUAUACUGUAUAAUUUGAUUUGUUACUAAUCGAUUAAAUUUAUCAUAUAUGUAUACAUAUAUAAUUUUCGAUGACAAGAUGACUAAUACAUUAUCUGACAAACACACUUAUCAGUUAUAUUAUCAGGAUUGGUUGGUAGAUAUAUCUUUUACUAAGGCUCUUCUAGCUAUCAUUGAUAUAUCUUUCAUGUCAUACUUGCCUAGUCUACAUGUGAAGUCACAAAGUUUUCAAAUAACAAAUUCAUAGAUCAUGAUAUUUAACUAUUGUAAUAUCAUUUUGUUGUUACUUUUAAUUAUAUACAACAAAUGUUUGGGUGAUAUAUGCAAAACUUGCAUAUGUUCUGCCUUAGAUUCAGGAGAAAUUAUUGACUGUCAUGACAGGUAUCGAGGACUCAAUGAAGCUUUCGAAAUCGAUUUUCUUACUUUUGAUCAGCAUGAAUCAUUAAACAAACUUAUUCUUUCAAAAAACAACUUAGUAUUUUUACCCAUAAACGAACUGAAGAAGUUGAAACAUUUAAAAAAAUUUGAUCUUUCUCACAAUCAGUUCGAUAAUAUACAUUCAGAUAUUUUCAAGAUUCUGAACAAUCUCGAAGAAAUAAAUUAUUCCUAUAAUCUAUUAUGGGGCUUCAACAUGUCCAUUUUAAACAUAGACUCUUCCCUUUCCAAAUUAAAUUUAAGUCAUAAUCAAAUUAGUAACUUGGAGAGAAGCUCGGAAAAUAUAACAAUAAAGUUGAAAAUCUUUGAUGUAUCUCACAACAACCUUAGCAAUCUGAAUUUCUUGGAUGAUUUGCUGGAGCUGGAAUAUUUAGAUCUCUCCUUUAAUAAUCUAUUUAGUCUCCCAGCUAAGUCAUUGCUUCGUCUACAACAUUUGAAAAUACUUUACAUCAACAAUAUUCAUCUUCUUGAUUUAAAUUUCCAAAAUCUUCCAUUGUCAUUGCUGAAACUUUAUGCAGAAAACAAUUUUAUCAGUUCCUUAUCAAUACAAAAAUCAUCAGUCCGUACCUUAAACAUUCAAAACAAUAGCAUUUCUAAUGUAUAUGACAAUUUAACAUUAUUAGAAGAAUUAAAAGAUCUAAAUAUUAAUGGAAAUUCCUCAUUGGAAUUUCCGGAUAUUUUUCUUAAAGAUUUAGAAACGUUGGAUUUAUCCUUUAACAAUUUAACAACGAUUCCUGAAACAAUUUCUAUUAAAAAUUUUCCGAAUUUAAGAAUUUUAAAAAUUAAUGGAAAUCCUUUAAAAAAUGUAAAAAUUCAAUCUGAACUGAGACUGGAAAAAUUUGAAGUAAAUUUUUUGAAGACGAUUGAAGAGAUUAGUAAAGAUACAUUUCUAAUGUUGAAAGAAAGGAAGGAUAAUUGCAUAAAUAUAACUAUUUCAAAUAAUAAAUUGAGCUCAAUUGAGGAAAAUGUUUUUCAGCACAUGAAUAUUUGUUCUCUAGAUUUAAGCAAUAAUUGCUUUGCUCAUUUGCCGUCAAAGUUAUUUAAUAUAAAUGAAAUUUCAAAUGCAAUAUAUCUCAUUAAUUUGCAAGGUAAUCCAUUUAUUUGCAAUUGCUCAUUGCAAUGGAUGUUAAGUACAUUAGUUCCAAAACUUUACUUGAAGAACCGCAGCCUGUUAGAAAAUUUAAGAUGUGCUGGCCCAGCUCCGUUAACUAAUAAAAGAAUGAUCCAUUGGUAUAAAUGGAAAGGAGAAAUUUUCUGCGAUGACGUUUCGCAUUUCGCAGAAAGAAUGACUGUUAAUAUUGCGAGUAUCUCUAGUAAACAGGUCGUGACAUUCGAAAGCAGUCCUGGAAUGAUUGCUGCUCUGGCCACAGCAAUCACUCUGCUUGCAAUUCUAACGAUAAUCGGCAUUCUGUUGACUCGAAGAAUGAUUGCGAAGAAAAGACGAAUUAAUCGUAGAUUUUAGUAAAUAGAUAAAAAUUUAAUUUGUAGAUUUGCAGAUAGAAUGAAUCGUGUAACCUAUUACAAGUAAUUCACUAACUAAUCGAAAUAUUGAGAAAAUCUGCUGACGAUAAGCUUAAAAGUAAAAAAAGAUGCACAUUAUACAUAUACAGAACUUUCUCCAAAUAAAGUCUUAAAUCUUA